UCUGUGCGACGGUAGUUGUUGCCCUGUGCAUCGCGUGUAUUGUACAACAUGGCAACAGUUCAAGAGCAAGAGAUUCAGUUGGCACAAAAGUUAGCGUCUAACGAAAAGCCAAUCCGAACCAAAGCUUUAAAGAAGCUGAGGAAGUAUAUCAAUGUCAGAUCACAAAAGGCGACAGAUGGUUUUACAAGUGAAGAACUGCUCAAGCUAUGGAAGGGUCUGUUCUAUUGUUUGUGGAUGCAGGACAAACCCCUUUUACAGGAGGAGUUGUCAAACUCUAUCUCCGGUCUGAUCCACAACUUUCAUGAUUUAAAUGGACAGUUCUUAUAUCUGGAGUGCUCUCUGAAGACUUUCAAAAGAGAGUGGACUGGCAUUGACAGGCUGCGAAUGGACAAGUUUUUCCAGUUUGUCCGCUUCAUGUUUAGGCAAAGCUUUGAGAUGCUGAAGAGAAAAAACUGGGAUUGCAGUGCGGUUGCGAGAUUUCUGGAACUGUUGGCAACAGAGCUCCUUCACGUUGGCAGCAAUGCACCUACUGGCCUGCAGCUCCAUGUCCUAGACCUGUACUUGACUGAACUAGCAGUUGUGGGUUCAGCAGAGCUCACUGCUGAUCAGAACCUGGUAUUCAUAGAGCCGUUCUGCAAAACAGCAGCCAAAACCAAGGACCGGACACUUUUCAGCGCCAUCUGCAACAGCAUCUUCAGCACAAUCAUUGACCAGGCUCCCUUUGCUAUUGACGAUCUGAUGAAGGAGUUGAAAGCCACAGAGUCCUCUGAUUCAGGCCAAUCCUCUGAAGGGGAAGAGGUGGUUGAGCGCAAAGAGCUGGUGAAGCAAAUGAAUGGUAGUAAAUCAUACUCUCAUGAUGAUGAUCAGGAGCUUCAGUCAGAUGACUCCGACACAGAACUACAAUAUGAUGAUGAUGAUGACACGCCACCAGUUUUACAGUUCGACUAUGCAGCUGUCGCUGACAAGCUGUUGCAGUUGUCAAAACGCAGUAACACGCCCAGCCUGAACAGACAGAGACUCUACAAAAUCAUCAAAGUGCUGCGGGAUCUCAGUGAAGGCAUCUUUCCCCAGGAUGAGUAUCCAGAGGAAGUCUCCACAGAUGAGGAUGAUGACAUGUUUGGCAGCAGAAAGAAGAUGAAGAAAGGUAGAAGUAUCAAAGGGGAAUCAGGGAAAAAAAAAUCUAAACCUAAGCAAAUGGAGGACUCAAGUAAAGAUGGCAUGGAACCGAUAGAGCCUGUUAUGAUCAAAAAGCAAAAGAGGAAGAAAAAGAAAUCAUGUCGUGAUGGAUGUGCAAGCGGGGAUCUAAAUGCAAGGACCUCCAAAGUGGAGCACACUGAAGAUCCAACUCAAAGUAAGAUUGACUUCAGCGAGUCUGCAGACGAGGCAACGAUGCAGCCAUCUGUUUCUGCAUUGGACAAACCAAAUUGUUGCAUAACAAACAAGAAUCAGCUGAAGAAGAAGAAGAAGAAGAAGAAGAAAAAGAGGACCGUAUCGGAGCUUAAACUGGAAGAGCGAGGGGAGCAUCCGACUUGCACUACUCAGGAAGUUGGUACAGGAACCGCAGGGCAAGAGAGCUCCUUAAAAGCCAGCCUGGUGUCUUCAAGCAAGACGGACACAAAAUUGAAAUCACAAAGUGACACGGUGGAAGGUCUAGUAAACUGUGGAAUGUCAGAAAACAAUGAAAGUGAACCCCAGGCUAAAAAGCCUGCCAAGAGGAAAAAGAGGGGCCUGAAAGUCAAAGAGUUAGAGGGUGACUCACAGCUAAGCAAAAUGCAGUUUCUAUCAAUACCACGUGAUAAUGCCACAGAUGAAGGCACAGUCAUGAAGAAUGAUGCUACCCCCUCGACUAACAAACAAAAGAGAGAGGAACUUAACGCCGAUAAAGCCCCAAGUUAUGAAUCUGCUACAAAGACAGAGCUCACAAUAUUGAGUGAGGAUGUGUCCCAACAACCCACAGCAGUAUGUCAUAAAAACAAGGCAAAGACAAACAAGCAAGAACCAAUCAUGGAGAAUACGGGUCACACAACUGAGGAAAAGACACCCGAACUUUUACUUUCCACGAGUCAAAGUCCUGCCAAUGCAAGUGCAUCUACAAAGAAGAAAAGGCGAAGGACCCGAAAUAAAUUGAAAGCUGCAGUUCAAGUGGAAAAGGAAGUCACAGUGUCGCAGUUGUCCUCUGACCGUCACAUGGGAACUUCUAUGAAGAAGAAAAAUGAGCUCCCGUCAGCCCAGGUGAAAGACGUCCAAGAUGAAACCCAGUUCCUUUUGAAGUGCAGCGCAGAUGAUGAGCCCAUAGUGGGUGAUGAGGCAUCCUCAUCCUCUGAGAAGCAAAGCAAGAAGAAGAAAAGGAAAAUACCGGUGGUGUUUGAGUUUGAAGCUGAUGAGCUUGAGACUGCCACACCAGUCAACAGCAUUGCAAACAGAGCAGCUGGUGUCCAGAAGAUAAGCGGACUUGAUGGCUUAUGUACACCUGUGGUUGCAAAUAAGACACCAAAGUCGAAGGUGAAGACAUCAUCAUGUGACUUUGUCACAUUUCAGGCAAAAGGCAAAGUUCCAACACCACUCUUCUACAGGGCCAAACGAAGCCCAAAAAACACACAACUUGGCACUAAGAUAAGUCAAACUCCCACAAUGGAUUCCAAGAAGGUGACCUUCCAUCUAAAGAAUAAUAAAACAGCUGAGUUCAGGAAGACUGAUCGCAGCCUGUUACUGAGCCCAGAGGGGUCAUCGAAAGUGCCCUUUGACCCAGAACAGAAACCUAAGUCUGGGGUCUUAAAGUCUUCUCCCAAGCCACUCUCCACCAGCAUCAAGAAGACCCCCAUUGCCAACCGGAAGAGGGGUCUCAGUACUCCAAAUAGCACACCUAAAAAAAGACGGCCCUCGGCAGCAGACUUUUUUUGAAACCCUACAUUUCUUAUACUGUGGAUACACACGGAAACUUGGAAACUUGAAACUGUUGCGACAAAACCUCUGAUGGUAAAGAUUGGUCAUGUAAAAAUGAGUGUGUGCUGACUUUUGGCAUGUCUGACAUUGAACGUCAGGCUUUUUAUGUUGACAUGUCAACAAAAUAAAAGGGUUUAUUUUGUCUGUACUGUGCAAAAGAAUUCAGACAGGAGCCAAACUUUACUAAAGGACAAUUUUAAGCCAUAAGAACAUGGCAAUACUUCAAAUGUGCUAGUAUGUGUCCUAUGCAGCUUUUUGCUUGACUUGCACUCAUGAAGUCCCUUGGUGACGUAUUUCAUUAUUGUCCGACGUGUAUUGGCCCUCAGCAUAUUGUAAAAAUACAGGUAAUCGUUGAGAUAUUACACUAAUUUGCUUUUCGUCACCCAUACACGAAGCUAAGAUGUGGAUGUUUUGUUCAAAAAGUUUAGUGUUGAUCUACAGUGGAUUGGUUAUAGCGUCUUUAUAGUACAAAAUGAUCAACGUGGCCCCUCCUGCAUCGUUUAUAUUUCUGUGCGUGGCCCUAGACGGAGAAGGUUUUGACACUGAUUGACAUAUCGGACGCAUUUUGGAGUGGUUGUCAUGUGGCCAACCCAGAAUAUGGCUUCCCCAAAAUGGCAGCGUGUCAGGUAUGCUAGGUCAUUUAUAAAAGCUUAUUUUUUGCCAUUAAAGCUAAUUUAAAAUCGAUGUAACAAUUCUAAUGCCUUAAUAGGUUGCCACAUAUUACAAUUCAACUGUUCUUACUGUAAUAAUCCCCGCAAUAAAUCACUGUUGCAAUUGU